AUGAUUAAUAGAAAUCGAGUAGUAUUGCUUGAGUAUAUGAGUCCGAUAAUAAUCGUUUUCUUUAUCUUCUCCCAAUAGGUAGCAUCAGUCCCGACCAUGGCGAAAGAACAACCAGCUGAUUUUGGACAACGAUUCAACGAGCUGCGCAAAAAGAAACAUCUAGUGGAUUGCUCCUUCCGAGUGGGCGAAGACGUUUACCACUGUCAUAAGCUUAUCCUCUCGGCGGCCAGCCCUGUUUUCGAAACUAUGUUCUAUGGAGCGUUAGCCGAAAAGCAGACGGUUAAGAUAGCAGAUAUCAAGUCUAGGGUGUUUGAACGUAUGCUGGACUACAUCUACGUAGGGUCUACAGACUUCGACGGAAUACACAAUAUUGAAGAGCUGCUUGAGUUGUACUACUGUGCGGAAAAGUAUAUGAUUGAUAAUUUGCACGAGAAGUGUGUUAGCUAUUUCGGAAAGAAUAUUAACCCGAAUAAUGUGCUGAAAAUACUCGAUAUAGCGUACCGGAUGAACUUGGAUGAUAUUAUAUAUUCGUGCAUGUGCGUGUUGAAGCACUUUUUUUCGUCUGGAAUGAGCUUGAGCAACAUCAUCCUGGAGAGAAAUCAUCACCUGUCCAAAAACUGUGUUGAUCUUAUAUUGGAAGAUAAUUUCGAAGUAAAGGAAAAUAUCAUCUGUAUGAUACGGGCCUGGUGUAUUACGGAAUGCGAGCAGAAUCGGCUGAAAAUCAACAGAGAUAGCAUGAAAACAGUUCUGCAGGAUAUUGAGUUACCAGACACACUGAAAGACACGAUUGCUGGAUGUAGCUUUACCAAGUUUACGCCUAUCGCAGGCGACACAUCGCGCUGGAUACCAGUACAGCGCAUCCACUACAAAGCAGUUCGUCCAUUGAUCAUUGGUGACGAGAUGGACUUUGAAGCAAACAUAACAACCAAUCGGUUUAUUGUGAUAAAAUCGUUAAACAUUAACAGCCGGCUGCUGCCACAAUUAAAGAUAUUCGAUGUGCGACAGGAAACGUACACAGAAAAGCUGACGGUUGAAAUAUCUGCCAAGUAUAGUAACGAUCGGCAGAAGAUCUAUCAAAAAGAGCACCUGAUCUAUGGUGUAGCAUUCAACGAUAGCCUGCAAGUGAGCUUGACCGAACAAAUCGUCUUCUUCCCGGAUGUUACAUACAUUGUUAGACUGAAAUGGGACACCAACAGUCUGGGGUACGAAUAUCCGCGUUCUAUCUUUGCUGCGUAUGGCAAGUGUAAGCAAUUACUGGUGAAUUUUAGUGAAAAUAUUUAUCUUCAAAGCUCCGGCAGUAUACUGAACGGAAUAGUUUGCGAUCUUUACAAAUAA